AGACCGGCUCAUUUUCUAGCCAAUAGGACGAAGCUUCCAGCUUCGGAGGCAUACAACAGUGUUCCAGUACUAUCCUCACACAGCUAAUACUUCUAGGGGAAAACAAAAAUGUUUCCCGAAAUCAUCAGCCCUUCGACAGAAGAUCCUACACAUUUCGGUGUUUGUUUUGACGGUCUAACAGAGACAUCGUCACAACCGGUGAAAUUACCUCCGUUGAAUCUCUACUGGCCACCUCAAGAACAGAUGAUAGUUAACCGUCCGAUCGAAGACCCUCUGUGCAGCAUGUUAGACGAUGUCUUCAUGGACAAUUAUUGCGCCGAUUUGGGUCCCUCACAGUUUAUCGAUCAGGAAUUGAAAGAAGAAAAUUUGAUGGUUGAUUUAACCAGUCCACUUCACGAUCAGCACGAUUCUAGCGGGUUCUAUUCUGCUGGAUUCGGAAGCAGUUAUAGCGGAAGCGAUUGGAUCAUCAAUUCACCGGCAACAUCGAGCGUGAGCACGUGCGGAGAUGCCGACAGUAUGACCCAAUCGCCGUUCAUGACGUCACCUUCGCAAUAUCAUCAAACGUUUCAAUUCCCCCCUGUUCAUACGACGGACAACGAAGACUGGCCCGGACAAAUGGCUGCCGAUGAUGAAGAAGAAGAAGAAGAAAAUGUUAACGACGAAAUCACUGUGCUCCAUUGUCGUUGGGUCGAUUGUAAAGGUUGUUAUCAAACGCAAGAAGAACUCGUCCAGCACAUUGAACGGAGUCACGUCGAUCAGCGUCGAGCCGAAGAUUUCACUUGUUUCUGGGCCGGCUGUCCACGUCGUCAUCGUCCGUUCAACGCUCGUUACAAGCUGUUGAUUCACAUGCGCGUUCAUUCUGGAGAGAAACCUAAUCGCUGCACGUAUAAUGGAUGUUUAAAGGCUUUCUCGAGAUUAGAGAAUUUGAAAAUUCAUCUGAGAUCACACACGGGUGAGAAACCUUACCUGUGCCAAUAUCCGACAUGUCGCAAAACUUUUUCUAAUAGCUCCGAUCGUGCCAAACAUCAACGCACUCACAUCGACACGAAACCGUACGCUUGCCAAAUGCCGGGCUGUUUGAAACGCUACACGGACCCCAGCUCGUUGCGGAAGCACGUCAAGAAUCACGUGACCAAGCAAUUGGAUCAUACCGUCAGCCAGCCGCGUAACAUAAGCAAUCCUAACGUCAGCCAAGAUGUUGACAAGCCAUCCCGUCGUGAUUCCCGUCACGGAUCGACUUCAUCUUCAAUCAGCGGUUACGAAGAGUCUCCGAUCGAUUGGGAACGUGGUGUUUUUGCACCAUCAGCUCGCAAUGAAAGCCAUUAUUAUGCCGGAGAUGAAGCGUUGAGCUCUUCGGCCAGUUCGGAUGAAUCUUCAGCCCAGCUGUUGGAUGAAGGAAGUCUCCUCUUCUCCGAGAUGAACCGCUUCGUUCAUGACGAAAAUGGUGGUUGGCUGUUCCCGGCCAUUGGCGAUGAUGUGGAGCGCCUGUGUGGUCUACCAUCGUCCUGCUUUGUUUAGACAACUGCCCGGCUCUUUCUUCACUUGGUUGCCUUGUGUUUAUACGAUGAUGCUCGGGCUUGGAAACUUCUUUUUUUUUGUUUUUCUUGUCGGUCUUAAUUUCCAUCGCAAUAUUUGGGUCUUUCAUUAUCUGAUUUCCAUUCGUAUUCAAUGACCACAGCGCCUGCUAAUGGUACAAUUUGAAUAUCUCGAUUGAAUGCGUCUUGAUUCUCUCCCGCAUAAAAUCAGCUGCAAUAUGAUCUUGUUUUGUACAGUGUGUGUGCAAUGAUGAACGGAAUCUUUAUUUUGUUCUUUUUUUUUCCAAUUUGAGAAAAAAAAAAUUUACUUGACCAGAUCUCAUACCGAGUCUUUCGCGUUGUGGCGACAAGCCUCGCGUUCGUCGAGCUACUCCAGUGAUUCUCGUAUCAUGUUUGCAAAUCGUUUUGUUAACUGUUUUAGCGCCAAAGUCGAACCCGAUCCUUCUAUUUUUUUGCGAUAUGUAUUUCCCAUUUUCUAAAAAAAUGUGUUUGUACGUUUGGUGUAUUGAUGGGUGUGCCACCAAUACGUAAAAACGUGCCAAUUCACACUGGUAGGUCCAUUCCUAUCUGAAAUAUCGUGUGACAUUCGCGGCCUUACUUGUGUCUUUCAUUACAACUCAGCAACGCUCUCUACAAAUCGAUGAUACGUUCUCGAUUGGGAGGGCUUUAAAAUAAAAUUCGUUUAGUAUUACAGCUAUGUUUUUCCUGGAUUUUGAAGUACUAUUGUUGCUCAAAUGGUGCUUUCACUCCCGAUUUUCUACCGUUAUUGUUUCUUAUGUGCCCGUGUGUGUGUUGUGUAUGCAAUACAAGUUCCGGUUCAUUUUUCUA